CCCUGUCACGGGCCUCAGUGACACAGCAGCAUGGCCACGGCCAACGACAGGGCUGUCCUGCAGACCAUCUUUAACCCCAGCACCCCUUUUGGGGACAUCCCAGGGCUGGAUGAGGAGGAGGAGGAUGUCCAGGACGAACUGGAAGCUUUUCCCUUGGAGCUGCUGGAUCAAGUCCGGGAGCUGGAGCUGCAGGGGGUUUCUGCGGCGGAGUCCGGAGACCUAAGCACGGCCCUGGAGCGGUUCAGCGAGGCCAUCCGCCUGCUGCCCGAGCGCGCCUCGGGCUACAACAACCGGGCGCAAGCGCUCCGCCUGCGCGGAGACGUGGCAGGUGAGCGGCGCGGGCGCGGCUGCUCCGCGGCAACCCCCAGCCCCUACCAACGCCUCCCCUCGUCGCCAGGUGCCCUGCAGGACCUGGACGCUGCCAUACGGCUGAGCCGCGGCCGCGGGCGGGCCGCCUGCCAGAGCUUCGUGCAGCGCGGCCUCAUCCACCGGCUGCAGGCGCGGGACGAGGAGGCGCGGCGGGACCUGGAGCGCGCGGCGCGCCUGGGCAGCGCCUUCGCCCGGCAGCAGCUCCGGCUCCUCAACCCCUACUCCGCGCUCUGCAACCAGAUGCUCGGCCAGAUGCUGGCCCGGCUGCGCAACCCCGACGGAAGCGGAAGCGACUGAGACGGGCAGGAAUGGGCCGGGCAGCGAGUGGGCUGAGUGCCGCCGUGCUCCAGACCUGUCCUGGUGGCCAGAAAAGGUCCACCUCAGGUGCCAGAGAUCCUGCUCCUCCUCCUGGCUAACAGCCAGGGCCUGGAAAGUACCAAAGCAUCUUGCUGUGUCUGUCUCGCUAUGCUCCACCCCGAAUAAAGCUCCCUCUGUUCCCAG